CCGGUGUAUUUCCUACCAUUAGCCCCCGAAACCCCGAGUCAACUGUUCCGAUAUCCUUCUGCCCUCGAAAAGUUCCCCAUGAAAAGCAUUACACGGUGAUUCGUCAACUCAACUGAAUGCAACAUUUCGUCACAUUCGUCAGAUGCAGGGCUCUGGCCCCGUCUCCCACAGCUGAAACACACCAGUCUCGCCCUCUCUGCUCCACCUACUUCCUCCUCGCUGAGCCAUGACCAGCCAGACGGAUCUUGACAUGGUUCAUCUCCGCCUUAUCUUAGUCAGUGGCAAAACGGAAGACUUCACUUUUUCCCCGAACGAUUCAGCCACAGACAUCGCCAAGCAUGUUUUUGACAACUGGCCAGAAGGGUGGGAGGAGGAACGGGUGAGCAGUCCCAGUAUACUGCGCCUCAUCUUCCAGGGACGCUUCCUUCAUGGCAACGUCACCCUGGGAGCUCUAAAACUGCCACCAGGCCGAACGACCGUCAUGCACUUGGUUGCCAGAGAGACCCUUCCAGAGCCCAACUCUCAUGGUCAAAGGAACAGAGAAAAAACCACAGAAAGCAACUGCUGCCUCCUCCUGUAAAGAAACCGAAACCACCCCCCCCCCCCCCUGCCCAAAUGUCACAAACAAAACAUCUAAACAUGCUCACACUUUUUUUCUGUUCUCUCUUGUGGGUAAUACCAUCAGCUGCAGACUUGGAAUAAAUCACAGGAAGUCCUCACGGGGCUGUCAGUCUUUUGUGUUGAACUGUUUUCCAAUUUGAGGGUUUUUCUUUUUUUUUUUUCAUUUUUCUUUUUUAUGUGCCAAUAUAUACACCCUCAGCUCCCAAACUUGUACUCUAUCAGCAUUAGAUGUUGUUGGUUAUCGUUUUUAUUUGAAUAUCCAACAAUGCCUACGCUCUGUCAUAGAUCUUUUCACUGCUGGAAGCAUUUUUAAAAAGCUGUCAUACGUAGUGAAAAAUAACCAGGAACUCCAUCGCUCUUCAUGGACACAGAAGUGCUGUAAAGGAUUUUUGGGCUUUACCCCUUUCCAAAUAUUCAUAUGAACAUUUCCCAAGGUCUUAACUGAAUGGUGUUAACCCUCUCAUUGCACUUAACAGUUCUGAAGUGUUUGUGAUUCAUCUUUCUCUUGCUUUAUUUUUCAUUUUGGUCACACAAGCUUGACCUAAAAUCCCCACGUGGUAGAAGAUGUGCCAUCCUCCUCCUAGACUGUUUCUGCCCCACGAACAGCUUGUAUCGGCACAUUGGUGUUUCUGACAGUGGACCAGUGGAGAAUACACUUCAUCAGGAGGAGCUGCGUAAAUAUGGAACAGACUUGCAGCGAGGCUGGCAAGUGUCUAUUCAGAGGAUUUGCUCGAGUUGUUUUUGAACCACGAGUGGAGGCUUUAUAGGCCAGACUGUCCAAUGAUUCCUUUCGGUCGAAGCCGACAUGGUGGGCCAGUUAAACGCGGACAGAAGAAGCAGCAGAAGAUGGAAGGAGCCGUGCCGUCUGUGUGGGCCAACCCACCCCCCACCCCCCCUUUUCUUUUGCUGAACACUCAAAAUGAAGCAGAGGGAGUUUUCUCCCACUGGAUGAAGACAAAUUAAGGAAAGCUGGGUGGUGGUUCACCUUCUUGUCGUUUGGAUGCUGUUGUUUCUUCUCGUUUGCCUUUUAUUGUGGAAUUCAGUAAUAUCAUUAAUAUUGAAAUUUAAAAGUAUCAAUUUUUAUCUUGUGUAUAGGUAUUUGUUGAAUUUUAGUGAGGGUGAGUUUGUGUGCGAGUGUGCUUGAGGGUGUGCGAUGCACGUGGCUUACUGUAUGAGGACUAGUAAGGGCAUGUGGUGUUUUUAAAAUAAAUAUAGCCGGUGCACUGGGAUUGUUGAUGGGCUGCGGUUUCUUCAGAAACAGUCUGGAACCUUUUGAUUCCUUCCAUUGAGUGUCAUUUGGUUUGUGUAUUUGUCGAUCAGUGUCACUGCUAUGACGUUUAGCUCAGUAUGAAUAAAUGUAAAAACUAAAUGCAAUGUGGUCUACAUAAAAGCUUGUAUUAUAAAUUAAUAAAUCUUUACAUAAGGCAACUUC